UUAACAUUGACAUUGUGAAAAUUUUCAUAAUUCGGUUCCGAAAAUUGUGGCGUGUUUUGAAAAGCACGUGUGAAUAAAAAUCCAAAUAAACAUAAAACUGUUAAUAAAAAAAAAAUACCUUGAACUUAUUACAAACAUAUUAUUACAAAUUGUUUAUAUAAUUGAACUCGUCCCAAAAACAAAAAUUUAGGUCGUGACAUAUUUCAAUAACAAAAUAAAAUCUAUUGUUUUGAUUUUGUCCACUCGAUUUACAAGUGAAUAUGGUUGUUUUUACUUGUGGCCAUUGCGGAGAAUCAGUUCAAAAGCCUAAGGUUGAAAAACACUACUUAACAAAAUGCAGAAAUAAAAAUCCUAAUUUAUCUUGCAUGGACUGUUUUAAGGACUUUUUAGGUAGUGAUUAUGAAGCUCAUACAAAAUGUAUAACUGAAGAAGAACGUUACUCUGGAAAAGGAUUUACUCCGAAAGAAAAGAAGGGUGAAAAGAAACAAAAUGCAUGGGUGGAAAUGUUACAGUCCGUCUUAGAUGAACAAAAGAAUGCAUCAGGCAAUGUUUUGAGAAUUAUAGAGACUAUAAGCAAGCAUAAUAAUACACCUAGGAAGAAACCUAAAUUCAUAAACUUUGUGAAGAAUGUUUGUGGACAAAAAACUAAUCCCAAAGAUAUUGAUCAGGCUUGGGACUUAAUAUCUGUGAAGUUAUCAGAAUUGUCAAAUUUAAAUUCACAGAACAAAAAUAAAAAUGAACAAGAUAAGACUGAUGUACCUAAGGUAAAUGGUGCUGCUGGUAAGGGGCAAAAUGGUGAUAUACCAAAUGGUAAAAAACAAAAUGGUGUUGCAAAUCACAAUGAGGAAGAAGAUGAGGAAGAAGCUCAAGUUGAGGACAAAAAAGAUAUUGAAACUAAGAAUGGUGAUUCAGAAGAGCCCAAUAAAAAACUUUCCAAAAAGCAAAGGAAAGAAGAAAAAAAACGUAAGAAGUAUGAAGCAGAACUACAAAGUGCGGAAACUCCACCAGCUGAAGUGACCCAGGAAGAAAUUCAAGUGCCAAAAAAAGGUAAGAAAAACAAGAACAAGAUUGAAAACGGCCAUGAAGAAGGAAAUGGCCCUGUCGAAGGAAAAGAUAAAAAUAAGAAAAGAAAGAGGCAAGACACAGCAACAACAAUAGAAGUUAUUGAAGCUGUCAAUAAUGCUGAUAUAGAAAAUGUGCCGGUUAAAGUAAAAGCCACUAAAAAGAAGUUAAAAAUGGAGGGAGAACUUGCUACUGCUGAAGCAGAUGAGAGCAUUUGUCUUCAUGAUCAGAAUGUUGCUAAAAGUGAGAAUGAGGUGUCAGAAAAUAAUGGGAAAUUCAACUGGCAUGCUGUAAUUAUGUCAGUUUUACAGAAAAAAGGGAAUGAACUUCCAUUUAAGCGUCUUCAAAAGAAAGUUUUGUCUGAAUAUUCAGAAUAUACAGGGAAUGAAGUAGACGAUAGAAUUGCCGAUAAAUUUAUUAAAAAAUUGAGAAGUGCACCCAAUGUGAGGGUUGAUAAAAAUAGAGUUACACUACUAGAAGAAGAUGAGUAAAAACUUUUUUAAUACACUUUUAUAAAACUAUCAAUUAAGGAUUUAAGGCAAUUGUGGUAAAUAAUUUGCAAUGACUUACACUGCCUGAAUAUUAUACUUCUUUUUCUCAUAGAUUAAGCUAACAUAUUAUUAAAUUUACUGCAUCUCGAUGUGUAAUUUUCUGUAUUUGUAUAUCCUACAAAUUGAAGAAACCAAAAUAUAUUGUAGAUCAUUA